AUUAAUACUUUGUGGUGGACAGACUUGGUUCUAAUUUUGUUCUGCGGUGACUUUUUUUUUUGGUGCAGAAUUUUUUUUUCAAGAUUUUUUUUUGUGCAAUGAAGACACAUUUUAGUAUUUUUCUGCAGAUUUUUGUAGUCAUAUUAAUCGCCGAAAACAAUCGGGCAGCGAUUGCUCCAAGCAUCAAAACAUGUCCAAGAAAUUCGCCAAAUUUAGCAGAAUGUUUGAUAAAAGCAGUCGAUGUAAUGAAACCUCAAAUAAGCACUGGCUAUUAUGGACCAAAUUUAAUAAGUGAUGUCAAUUUAACCAGAGUAUUAAUCGGUGAUAUUGCUGUGAAUCGUAAUAUAAAUGUGAAACUUCUCGGAAUGUACAUUGUUGGAAUGAAUAACUUUAAAAUUGAAAAACUCAGAAUAAAUCCUGAAAAGUUCAAGAUUGAAAUAAUUGUUUCUAUUCCUCAUAUGGAUGGAUUUGCAAAAUAUUCUCUUGGAUGGAAUUUAGGCAUUUUUGCUAUUCAGGGAGCAGGAGAUGAGAACUUUUCAUUAGACAACACCAAAGUUCUUAUGAAACUAUCAGGCACUCGAUAUCCAAGGAAUGGCGUUGAAUACCUCAAAAUUGACUCAGCUGAAAUGACGAUUAAAUCAGGAAACUUGAGAGUCUACUUCGAUAAUCUCUUCAAUGGACAAAAAGCUCUAGAGAAGGCAGCUAAUGAAGUUAUUAAUCAGAACAUUGAACUAUUUAAAGGUGAAGUAUUUCCACCAAUUGAGCAAAAUCUUUCGAAAAUAUUGUUAAGAUUAGCAACUCAAAUCUUCGAUUCAGCUCCAUAUGAAGAGUUCUUUCCUAUAAAAUAAAGAGUUUCUUCCUGAAAAAAAAAAGAAGUCAUUAAAAAGCCACUCAGAAAAUUUUGUUUUUCUUCUCAUUUUUCUUUAUUUUCCUUUUUCAUAAAAUCGGAUUUUAAUUCUUUUUUUUUGGGUUCCUUAUGACAAAUUGUAUUUGCAUAUCAUAUAAAAAGGAAAUUGGUAUGAGGAUAUAUCAAUGUAUGUCUUAAAAAGAUAUUUAUGUGUGUAGAAAAAUUAAGAAUAUCUUUUUACAAUAAGAAAAAAAUGCACUUUGUCCACAAAUUGUAUCAAAAUUGGUUUUAGUUCGGGAGGUGGGUGCAAUAAAGUCUUAUCUCAAAAAGGCAAAUUUUUCCUUUUAAUUUUAUUUAUAAAAAUGUUUUUUUUUUUUUAAAGAAACAAAGAAAAUAAUAAUAAUAAUAAAGACAAAUCAAUAACAUGAUCUAACUACCUACUUAUCAGUAUAACAUUUUUUUUCUCAUAUUGUGUUGUGGAUUGCAAUCAAGUUUGUUUGUUUGUUUUUUUUUGUAUGUAUGAUUUAAGAAGAAUGGACAGG